AUGCUGACUAACCUUGGGCUUGAGAGUGAGCAGCGGGGUCGCAACAACCGAGUCAGGGGCCGCCGCCACGCCCCUCGGGACGAGAUGACAGGGCCCCAGCCAGCUUACAUGACAGCCCCUUUCGCCGUGCAGCAGGAGCCGUCGCGGGGUUUGCCGACAGCGGGGGAUCAGCCGAUUCAGGAGAUAUAUAUAAACAAUGAGGAUGAAUACGUGCCUUCUGCUGCUGGUUACCAGUCUCUGUCGCCACAGUUGCGACAGGAUCGCCUCUCUAAAGGGGGAUUGAACAUAUUCUCGUGGAACACAGAUGCACCAACGGCUCCCCAGCCCCGAGUGACACGGGAUCGCGAUGCGGGUGAGCUCCUUCGGCUAAAGCCGCGCGACGCCGAGACACAGCGUGAUAUUGAGGUUCGGGAGAAGUUUGAAGGAAACACGCAUGGCCGCUUUUUGUGCUUCAGUGAAGACGCUAGAGAUGGUGCACAGGGAAAGAUGCGUGUUUGCGUCAACGCCGACAGCAACGGACUGCAAAAAGCACUUGACUUCGGUCACCCCGACGGAAUCGUGCGGCAGAUCGACAUGGCACCGCGCGGGAGGCGGCGGUCCGCCCCCAGCGACGCCGGCGGCGACGGCAUCGCCGGCUUUGCGGGGAUGGGGAUGAACGGCGGCGGCAGGCCGUACAACCCGAGGAGGGACGCGCCGGUUGGCUACUAG